ACAUACCCCUUCCGAGUAAGUGCCUAGGUACGCUUGUUCAUUAAGAUUCUGUUCAUCCAGAUCGCAUACAUUCCUUUGGAUUCAGAUCGCGUGAUCAUAGAGUAGAGCAUGAAGGAUGAGAAUAGGUAGUAUCCCUUUCCUAGAUGCAAGCGGUCAUGGAGAAAGAGCGGGUUAUCCAUUCCGGUAUCAUUUCAAUUUCAUUCGUCAUGCAACAUUCUAAUAUAAACCUGUCGUUUUUGAUUCGUUUCGCCAGCUGCCAACUCGUGGCUCUUCCUCUGGUACCACGGUCCGAGUCGCAAUUCCGGAUUCAAUGUUCAACGACGUCUCGGAGAGUCGGAAUCCUUCCGGUCGGGAAUCAAUUUCCAAGGAUUGCGGCUUGUCAGUGGCGUGGUGCUGGAAUCAGGUCGACAUGCGAGUCCGUGACCUCCAGCCUCAGGAAUCAUCAAGGUGCUUCGCCAAUCGUCAUACGACCAGAACAGUUCGAUGUGGGAAAGAUGCCACUCAUGAACCAUAGCACUUGGCAGAAUCACGGAACUUCUACGGAGGAUGUCCAAUCUGUAGUGAUCCAACAUGAAUCCAUGGCAUCUUGGCUGUUUGGCUUUCCCCAUUCCGUGUGCAACGAUGGAUUCUUCCCUCGUACACGGCAUGAAUUGACAGUAUCCCCCGGGGAAACAGUAAGAACUGUCGUUCAAGGAAUGCGCUGUGCGAUAGCCGGAACAAUGCAGGAAUGGAUCCCCUACGUGCCUGGACUCUGGAGCGUGUAUGUUCCACUGCUACCUACUUUUCCCAUCUCGUUGGAGUGACUUUGGCAGAUAAAAUGGCCCGUUUAUAUCCGUACUUUAUACAUCUUGAUUGCGCAACCUUCUUCCUCCAUGCUCCUCUUCGUCCUCUUCGUCACCACCUCGAGGAAGACCCGUUCAAUAUCGAUGUUGGGAUUUACAAACGCUCCAAGUCAGCUGUAGUCCGAGUUCCUUACACUGAAUCCCCUUACAGCGGCUCGUACUGGUGCUGCGUCGGAGUCCUCCAUCGGAGGUUUAAUGUCCGUAUGGCUGAUAUCUUUCUAUCCUCAUUGGCCGAUAAAUCUAUGAUACACUGCAGUUGGAUCAUACAAAUGUCCAUGGAUGAGGGAAGAUUGGUUUCUUUGUCCUGGUUCUGUGUCACUGCUCAACCUUGGGACCGGUGGCGAUCUCGCAAUAACAAUAUCAAUUGUAUUCUUUUAAUUCAGAC